AUGAGUAGUGUCACCGCCGAGGCUCUCAAGGACUCUCCUGUGCCCGCAGAGACGAGCACGGGCAGACAGACUGUCGAUCCGUACAAUGUGCAGGGAGAAGUCGACGAGCACGGCAACGUCAAGGCCAUCGACUAUGACAAGCUCAUUGUCGAGUUCGGCACCAAGCGUAUCGACCAGGAGCUCCUCGACCGCUUCGAGCGGGUCACCGGCCAGCGACCCCACCGCUUCAUGCGUCGUGGUAUCGUCUUCAGCCACCGCGAUCUCGAGGCCAUCCUCGACAGGUACGAGAAGGGGGAGCCCUUCUUCCUGUACACAGGCCGCGGCCCGAGCUCUGACAGCAUGCACAUCGGCCACACCAUCCCCUUCUCCUUCACCAAGUGGCUCUCUGAUGUGCUCAACGUGCCCCUGGUCAUCAUGUUGACCGACGACGAGAAGUUCCUCUUUAAUGAGAAGCUGACCAUCGACGACGUCUACCGCUUCUCGCGCGAGAACACAAAGGACAUCGUCUCGUGCGGCUUUGAUGUCAAAAAGACCUUCAUCUUCAGCGACCUGGAGUACAUGGGCGGUGCCUUUUACAAGAACGUCCUGCGGGUCGCGAAGCUCAUUACUUACAAUCAGUCCCGGGCCAUUUUCGGCUCGGAUGGCAGCACAAAUGUCGGCAGGAUCCAUUUCGGUGCUAUUCAAGGAUCAACUGCAUUUGCCUCCACGUUCCCUCAUAUAUUCGGCGAGGAUAGAAGUGUUACUGACCAGAUUCCCUGCCUUAUUCCUUGUGCUAUCGAUCAAGAUCCUUACUUCCGUAUGACCAGGGAUGUUGCUGCACGCCUUCACAUCGCUAAGCCGUCUCUGAUUCACGCCCGCUUCCUGGAUGCCCUGCAGGGGCCCGGAUCCAAGAUGUCUGCAUCUGUCGAUUCUUCAGCCAUCUUCAUGAAGGAUACGCCGAACCAGAUCAAGAACAAAAUCAACAAGUACGCCUUCAGUGGUGGCAAGGAGACCGUGGAAGAGCACCGAGAGAAGGGCGGAGAUCCCGAUGUCGACGUCAGCUUCCAGUACCUAAGAUACUUCAUGGAGGAUGACGACGAGCUGCAGAGGAUAUACGACGCGUACAAGAAGGGCGAGAUGCUGACGGGAGAGCUCAAGGCCAUCUGCAUCAAGUACCUGCAGGAGUACGUGAAGGAGUUCCAGGACAACCGCGCCAAGGUCACAGAGGCGACGGUGGACGAGUUCUGGGCGGUGCGAGCCCUCAAUGACUGCACGGGCAACCCAAGAGCACCACUCAGCCUGCCCAUCCGGGUCAAGGCUCCGGCCGGCUUCGAUGCCGCGGGAGAGGGUGCAGGCGAUGGGCAGGCAGGCGAUGGUAAACUGUCCAAGAGCCAGCUCAAGAAGAUCGAGAAGGAGAAGCAAAUCGCCGCCAAGAAGGCCGCCAAGGCCGCUGAGAAAGAGGCGUCCAAGGCUGCGUCGUAA